UUGAUAUCAGGUGAAUUUGUUGGUGCGCUUGCCAUGUCCGAACCAGGUUCUGGUUCUGACGUUGUGUCGAUGCGCUUGCGCGCAGAAAAAAAGGGAGACCGAUACAUCUUGAAUGGUAAUAAAAUGUGGAUCACUAAUGGUCCUGAUGCCGAUGUGUUGGUUGUUUACGCAAAAACGGACCCAUCAUUCGGUGCACAAGGAAUUACUGCCUUUCUUGUUGAAAAGGGUUUCAAAGGAUUCUCUACAGCGCAAAAGCUUGAUAAACUUGGCAUGCGCGGAUCUAAUACGUGCGAACUUGUGUUCGAAAAUUGCGAGAUUCCAGCUUCAAAUGUUUUGGGAAAAGAGGGAAAGGGUGUUUAUGUGUUGAUGAGCGGUCUAGAUCUAGAAAGAGUUGUGCUUUCAGGUGGACCCUUAGGGCUGAUGCAAUCAGCUCUCGACAUCGUUCUUCCAUAUGUACACACACGACAUCAAUUUGGAAAGCCAAUCGGGCACUUCCAAUUGAUACAGGCCAAGAUAGCAGACAUGUACACUAAGCUGAUCGCGUCCAGAACACUCGUAUAUUCUGUUGCCAGAGCCUGUGAUCGUGGUCACAUAUCUAAUAGGGAUUGCGCCGCGGCUAUAUUAUUCUCUUCUGAACGAGCCACCGAAGUCGCACUGGAUGCCAUUCAAUGUUUGGGGGGGAAUGGAUAUAUAAAUGAUUAUGGCACCGGGCGCAUUCUGAGGGACGCUAAACUAUAUGAAAUUGGCGCUGGAACAAGCGAAAUUCGAAGAUUGGUGAUUGCAAGGUUUGCAUUUCAACAUGUUGACG